AUGAGCACUUUACCAUCGUACUCGGGUGCUAGAAUAUCAGGUUGUUGGACACUCACAUCUGACAGCAGUGGAAGUGGCGAGGGCUCCCUGGACCGGCUGCUCCCCUCUGUGACCAGCGGUUUGUCCCCGAGGAAGAGGACCACGAGUCAGUGCAAGUCCGAGCCUCCGCUGCUCCGUACCUCCAAAAGAACCAUCUACACAGCCGGACGCCCGCCCUGGUACAACGAGCACGGGACACAAUCGAAAGAGGCCUUCGUUAUUGGACUGUGCGGCGGAAGCGCUUCAGGAAAAACCACCGUUGCCAGAAAAAUCAUUGAAGCACUUGAUGUUCCAUGGGUCGUGUUACUUUCAAUGGAUUCAUUUUACAAGGUUUUGUCCAAAGAAGAGCAAGUUCUUGCCGCAAGUAACGACUACAACUUUGACCACCCCGAUGCUUUUGACUUCUCGCUGCUCACACACACACUGCGGAAACUGAAAAAAGGAAAAAGUGUGAAGAUCCCAGUGUACGACUUCACCACGCACGGGAGGCAAAAGGACUGGAAAACCGUAUAUGGAGCCAGUGUGAUCAUCUUUGAGGGAAUCAUGGCCUUCACAGACAAAGAGCUUCUGCAGCUCUUGGACAUGAAGAUUUUCGUGGACACUGACUCGGACAUCCGUCUGGUGCGGCGGCUCCGCAGAGACAUCACAGAGAGAGGCCGAGAGAUCGAAGGAGUCAUCAAACAGUACAACAAGUUUGUGAAGCCGGCGUUCGAACAGUACAUCGAGCCCACCAUGAGACUGGCCGACAUCGUGGUCCCUCGAGGUGGCUGCAAUAUGGUUGCGAUUGAUUUAAUCGUGCAGCAUGUCCACAGUCAGCUUGAAGAGAGGAAACUGCGCUGGGAUAUGGCGGCUCUUGCCUCGGCGCACCAGGCUCAGCCCCUCCCCCAGACCCUCAAUGUCCUGGACAGUACCCCGCAGGUCCGAGGCAUGCACACCAUCAUCAGAAAUAAAGAAACCAGUCGUGAUGAGUUCAUCUUCUACUCCAAGAGGCUGAUGCGGCUGCUGAUUGAACGAGCACUGUCCUUCCUCCCCUCACAGGUGAAUCUCGUCCAGACGCCGCAGGGAGAGGAUUACGAAGGCCGAUCUUCCAACGGCAAAAGGAUCACAGGAGUGUCCAUCCUGCGAGCCGGGGAGACCAUGGAGCCCGCCCUCAGAGCUGUUUGUAAAGACGUGCGCAUCGGCAAGAUCCUCAUCCAGACCAACCAGGACACCGGAGAACCAGAGCUUCACUACCUGCGUCUGCCCAAAGACAUCGGAGAAGACCACGUGAUCCUCAUGGACUGCACCGUGUCGACCGGAGCCGCCGCCAUGAUGGCCGUCCGUGUGCUGCUGGACCAUGAUGUGCAGGAGGAUAAGAUUCUGCUGGUGUCUCUGCUCAUGGCGGAGAUGGGCGUGCACUCGGUGGCCUACGCCUUUCCACAGGUCAAGAUCAUCACAACGGCUGUGGACAAGAAGGUCAACGAUCUGUUCCACAUUAUACCAGGCAUCGGAAACUUUGGGGAUCGUUACUUUGGGACGGACGCGCCUCCGGACUGGAGCGACGAGGAGAUGGACGAGCACAGUUAA